AUGUUUUCUAAUGCUGAUUUGCGUUAUCUUAGUGGUGCAGAGUUUAGAAAAACGCGCGAAGAAAAAGAUGAGAAAAAUAAAAAAGUUAUUAAAAAAUUUCCUAAAAUAACUUUUUUUUCACGAAAUGUUCGAAGUCAAGUUAGUAAUGAUGGUUACCGUGAAAAUGUACAGGCUGUUUCCCAUGCCGCUUCUAACAGUUCCAACGCCGAAGAAGUUGCUUUUGAACCCGAUCUUGUACCAGAACUUCAAAAUAAAUCUGCUGAUGCUGAAGACGGAGUUCAUGUAAAACGUGGUAGAGGUAGUGCAGACUUUUUCAGUUCCAACCCGUCUUUAUGGGAUGUAAGUGAUGAACUUAGAAAUUAUAUUUGUACCCAAAGUAGUGUAAAGCAAAAUAGUGACUCCGAUUUUAAUGAAUCCAAAAGACCGUAUCUAGAUAAAAUUCGCAUCCUGUUUAAGAAUUUGUUUACGAAAAAACUUCAAAAUGGAGAAAAAAAAACCAGAGCGUGGAUGGUUUAUUCACCAUCAAAAGGAGAACUAAAAAUUAGGAGUUCUUUGAAAGGGCGUGUUGAUGUUGGACUUACCGAAGCUCUAGAACUUGAAGUCCACUAUUGUAGAGAGGUACUUAAGAGAGUGGUGGCAGCUGUUAAAUAUUUAACUGUGCAAGGGUUGGCUCUCCGAGGAUCUGAUGAACACUUAGAUAAACUUAACUGUGAAAACUUCAUUGAACUUCUGAAAUUUCUAGCCCAAUUCGAUCCUUUUCUGGUCGAACAUUUACGUCAAUACGGCGACCAUGAUUCGGGUAGUACGUCGGAUAUUUCGAAAACCACUUAUAAAGAACUUAUCGCCCUUAUAGCAGAAGAAGUUGUGGCAUUGUAUUUUAGCAUUAUAUUAGACUCCACGCCAAAUAUUUCACGUGUGGACCAACUUACCUUCGUAAUUAGAUAUGUUGCUAUUGAUAGCAUGCCGAUAGAGAUAUUUAUUUGUUUUGUGCCAAAUGUUGGUCACAAAACAGAAGAGAAAGUAAACACAGUAUUGGGCCUUUUUGAAAAAUGUAAUUUGGACAUUUCCAAUUGUAGAGGCCAAUCAUAUGAUAACGCCUCGAAUAUGUCAGGCAUUUACUCUGGAGUUCAAGCUCGUAUCAAACAGCUCAAUGGCGGAUCUCGGUGGUCUGCUCGUCACGACGCCUGCCGAGCUGUUGAUGAAAGCAAAGAGGGUAUUUUUAAAAGUUUAGAUGAAAUUGCUAGUGACUAUGACGAAAGGCACUCCACAAAAAAUGAAGCCAGGACUAUAAAUAAAAAGCUAAGUUCCCUAGAGACAACCAUUAUGGCAGCACUGUGGAGCUCAACUCUGGAAAGAUUUAAUAAUAAUAAAGUAAAUGUAAAGCUGCAGUACGAAACCACAGAGCUAGGGAAAAUAGUUGCCUAUUAUGACUCUUUGUGUGGUUUUCUUCAAGAAGUAAGGAACAACUUUGAUGACCUGGAACGAUCAGCGAAUGAGAAGUGUAGGAAAGAGUAUAUGGCUAAUAAUCGGUGCAAAACAAAGGUACCUACUAAGUUUGGUGAAUAUGGUGGUCCUAGCAGUGAUAAUCAAUUUACAGGGUCGGAAAACUUCCGUGUUAAUACUUUUAACUGCAUAUUGGACUCCCUAUACUCUGAAAUUAAGGAACGUGAGUGUAAAUAUUCUGAUCUUCACAAUAGGUUUGAUUUUCUUGAAACUAUCAAAAGUCUUGAGGCAUCUGAUAUCACCAAAUGUGCAAGAAAACUAUCAAGUGCGUAUCAUGAAGAUCUUGAGCCUGUUGUUGUGGAGGAGUGUUUACAUGUAAAAGCUUUUUUGUUGAAAAACUGA